GAUAUUUGCAAAUACACGGUCAAUGGAAAUGUGGAGGUUUACUAUGCAAAACCCCAGUGUGAAUAGCUUGUUGUUUGGGAUCAGACUCUUCACAUCGGGAGAUCGGUGGACAUAAGCGGAUCCCACACAGACUGAGUUAAGGAUUUUGUGCGUUGCAUGCGCUGACCUGAGACUGAUAACCAGCGGAUCAACAAGAAGCAGAUACAAGAUGAAAACACCGUGGCUUAUACUUCUCCUGAGCUCGGUGGUAUGGGCAGAGGAACAGUAUUAUCCUCAGAGCAAUAACAUCACAUGGGAUAAGGCCAGACUCUACUGCCAGCAAUGCUUCAAGGAACUGACCACCAUCACCAGCAGAAACGUCCAUCUGAUUGCCAACAACCUCUCGGCGGACUACUGGAUCGGACUGCGCAGGAGCUACAACGGCACACUCCCAUGGUCCAAAUGGUCCAACGAGGAUCCUGUUACCUACCAGAACUGGUAUCCCGGCCAUCCCGUGCCGAACACAGAAAAAAAACAGCCAAUCUGCCCAACCACACAAACUCCACUCACCUCCACAACCACAAUAACAACCACAUCUACAUCCACACCGACAACCACUACGAUGGAAACUUCAUCAUUUGUGGCUAACAAAUCAGGCGAUAUGUGUCCCAUCCUGGUCGAUAUUCUUGAUUGCUUAAAUAUGACGUAUAAGGAUCUUGAAAGUACAGUGAACUCAUACACGAUCACGACGCCCAAAACAACAACACACAGCACUUUGCCGACUAGCACAACAACAUACAGCACUCAAACCACUCCACAAAGCACCACAGUCAGCAGCUGCAUCCUGGAACCCGAACCCGAUCCGGAUGUGUACAUCGAGGACUCCUGUGUGGUCUUGCUCAGCUUCGGCAUGUGGAAGGAAAAAGUGUGUAAUAUAAGUCGACCCUUCAUCUGUUAUGACGAUCGCUUUUUUGGGCAAAUCAACUAUUUCAAUGUGAUGAAAAAUAAUGUUAGUCUGAGCUGGAGUGCAGGACCCAGUGCUAAAAACAUCAGUCACUAUAGAGUGGAAAUCACUGGAGAUUACAACCAGACAUUUAAUAAGACUGGUCUGUCCGCUGAAAUAGGAAAUCUGACCUCGGGAACUCUGUACCGGGCUCAGGUGUUUCCAGUGAAAUGUGGCCGGGAUCUCAAUCCACAGAAUAUCUCCUUCUACACCUUGCCGUCUGCGGUGAUGAAUCUGACUGUGUUGAAUGUCACAACUGUUAGCGCCUUCCUCAGCUGGAAUAAACCAGACGGAAACCAAGAUUUCUACUUAGUAAUUGUGGAGGACUUGAUAUAUGGAAACAAUCAAACAGCAAAAUGUCCAAACAAGCAAUGCGGUAUUACAGAUCUUACUCCAGGAGUGUUGUAUAAUUUCACAGUCUUUGCAGUGGUGAAUCAGACGACCUAUGGAGUUCCAAGCAGCUAUUCUGCUUAUACCAAUCCUUCAGAAGUCAAAAACUUGAAAACAGGCAACAAUGAAAGCAAUGCCAUAGAGGCCACUUGGGAGAAUCCUAAUGGUUAUCAUUCAAGUUUCAACGUUUGUAUUAAAGAAUUGAUCAGCAAUGAGUCGAUCAGCUCUGAGUGUAACUGCAACGAGGGAAGCUGCAACAUAACAAACAGCAUGUCCAUAAGGAUGACUGCAUUAUCAUCUGGCACCCAGUAUUGUCUGUGUGUGACGGCACUGAUAAACAGUGACACACAACCUGGAAAAACGGUUGUAAGUUCUGCAUUCACACUGCCAAACACCGUGAGCAUAACCUCCUUGGUUACCUACAGCACAUCCAUGUCUGUUAAUUGGACAAUAGAGGGGAAAUAUACAAAAUUUCAUGUGAAAAUUGAAACAACAGAUUUUCAAAAUUCCUUAAGAAGUGAUGAUACCAAAGACUGUUAUUACAAUUUCGCAAGUCUGAUGGCAGCAGUGAGGUAUACGAUUACAAUUAUCACUUUUAACGGAGCCCUGGAAAGUGAUCCCGCUAAAGUAAUAGAUUACACAAGACCGACUUCAGCACGCUCACCAAAGGCCACUGUUAACAAAAUGAACAUAACUGUGAGCUGGGAAGCUCCAGCUGACUCUGUAGGGGCUAGGAUUAAUUAUACAGUCAAGUAUCAUACGCCUUUUUGGAAUGAAGAUUAUACAUUAAAUACCAGUGACACACAUCUUACCUUUCCUAAUUUAAGAAGUGGAACAACAUAUGACUUUAAUAUCACAGUUGUGGCGGGUAAUUUGACGAGUAAUCCAGUCAGCACUUCUGCACAAACAGAGCCUGUGAAGAAGAUGCUGAGCUUGGUAAUGCUGUGUUCCUCUGCAAAUAAACUUGAGUGUGCAACGAACACAACUCAGGAAGAGCUGUACAGUAAGUUGUACAAUCUAACUGCGGGAAAACUGGACGGCGUUUACUGGAAGCUGAAAUGGGUUGACAGAAAGAAUCAUUAGCUCAGUUCUCAAAGCUGAAACUAGGUCUGAAAAACACCCUAUUCAUCCUGUCACAUUUGUUUUCAUUAACACUUGUAAUAUGGAUAAUUCACCUAAAAAAAAUAAUAAUAAUGGAAUAUAUGAAGA